AGAAUAGGGACCAACGACGCUGCUGCGUAACAUCCGGUUAAACAUGGCUGCGCCCUGACAAAUGUCACACUCUCUUGUUAGGCAGAAAACAUUUUGGUAAUAUUUGCAGGUCGAUCAACAAUAGAGCGAAACAUCGAAAGGAAAAGGCAGUAAUUAUCAUCUCGUGUCUUAUUUUCUACAGGGUGUUUCAUCAUGGUGCAUUUAUCGUCCCACCUUUUGAAGAAAUACCACUCCAGCUACGUCGUCAUCCGGCUCGCCCUCGCAGGCCACAAACAAGCCAACCGACCCUUCUAUCGCAUCGUGGCGGCUCACAACAAGAGGUCAAGGGAUGGUAAAUACAUCGAGCAGCUGGGCAGCUUCGACCCACUCCCUAACAUCUACAACGAGAAGCUUGUCGGUUUCAACUUCGACCGGAUCAAAUACUGGAUCGGCUGCGGUGCGCACCUGACCAAACCGGUGGCCAAACUUCUAGGGUUGUCUGGGUUUUUCCCCCUCCAUCCCAUGACGGUAACGGAGGCAGAGCGUCGAAGAGCUCAGGCGAAGCUGACAGAAACUGCCGCAGGGACAGAGGACCUUCAGCAGGAGGAGAAACAGGCUGACGUGUGAUCGGAUUAAAGGGAAGCUGCUGUUACUUUGAAAGAAAACUUAUUAAUACACGUUUUCUCUUUCUUGGUGGACUGCUCAAAGCAACUGAUCUAACGUCUUGAAGAACUAACUUCAAAAGUAUCAACAACUCAAAAUGUUGGG